AUGUCUGCCUACAAGGCGGUUAAAGGUGGGUUUCAAUUUCAAAUUUUUAAAUUAAAAUCUUUUAAAUAUUAAACUUGAGUUUUUAGAUAAUCAGAGAGUGGAGACAAGUGUUACGGUCUCGGUAAAGUAUACUGUCAAAGGUAAGUUAUCAGUUUUUAGUUUUUGAAAAGGGUAAAAUAGGUAAUAAGAGGGGUUUUAGUUGUUUUUGCAGAUUUUUAUAAGCUUUUGGGAAUGAUUUUCCUUCUUUAGAUACCUAAAACUUUUUUUUGAAAGGUCUUUCGGAGUAUUUUUAAGCUUUUUCUUGUAUUUUAGGUAAUAUUUUAGUAUAUAAUAAAUUUUUGGUAUUUUAGAGAUCUUCUUGACAUGUUUAUUUAAUCUGUGAUUUAUUUUAAGCGAUGUUUUGCUAUUUUAGGUACUAUUUUAUUACCAUAUUUUCAUUUUUUAUAAUUUAUAUUGUUUUAGCUACUACAAGACCGUCGAAGAGAAUGAGCACAUUGGAAGUGUUCGAAUCAGAUGAAAAUGUGUCUCCAGAACGUCAAGUACCAAAGAAGACGAAAAGGAAGCGACCCGUCGCUUCCAGGAGCAUGCCAAACAUUCUGAAUACCUCACAAGAGUUCGGGGCACCCGUGACGUUCUGGGACGUUUUGGUACAACAAGAUAUUGAGGCCAAAACGUCUCCCAUCGUGUUUCGUCAGCAUCCGGGAUUUAAGCCUCAGAUGAGACUGGUACUAUUUGACUGGAUUAUGAAUGUAAGAUAUCUUUGUUAUUUUAGGUAUAUAAAUGUUCUUUUAUUAACUUUCAAAACAAACAUUCAUUUUUAGGUAACAAAAUUAAAUUAAAUUUUGUUACCUUAAAAUCAAAAUUUAAAAACGAAAAUGAAUUUUAUGUUAUUUUUGUUAAUAAAAUAAAAUAUUUUGGUGUUUUGGUUUCAAAAUGUAUUGUUUUAGGUAUGCUCAGAGUUGAACUUGCAUCGUGAAACAUUUUAUCUAACUAUAACAUACAUUGACAAGUACCUGUCAAUAACAGGAGCAAUGCCAGAACGCGAAUACAAAGUAAAACCGGACAAUCUGCAGUUGUUGGGAGUAACAUGUUUGUUCAUAGCUUGUAAAGUUGAAGUAAGUUUUUUGUUAUUUUUGCAUUUUAGGUACAAAAUGCUAUUGUUAUUCGUUACAGUAAGAUUUGAUUUGUGUGACUAGGAUUGUAAUAUUUUUUCUUGGGUCUACAUUUCAAAAUAUCAGUUUUACGCAGUAGUCUAUAGAGCAUGAUAUGUCAGAUAACUUAUCUUUGACCGUUGGUACUACUUUGUCUUGAAGUUUAUGAUAUGAUUAAUUAUUAUAUUUGGUAUUAUAGGAGAUAUAUCCACCAAAGUUGGAAGUGUUAUCAGAUUAUACGAAUGGAGCUUGUUCAUCUAAACAAAUAAGGGAUAUGGAGACAGCAAUACUGGAGGUGUUGGACUGGAAUUGUGUAUAUAUGUCGCCAGUACAAUGGCUUGCGUUUUACCUUCAGAUGAUGUACAAACAAGGUAAGCUUGAUGUUUUAAUUUAAUUUUAUAAGAACGUUAUCGUUCUUCGAAGCAGACCCAGAAGAUUAUUAAUAUGUCUAAAUACAGAAUCGGGCUUGGACCUUAUGUUAUGUUUUAUAGCUAUGUAAGGACAAAACUAAAAUUUUAACUUCAGAUAAGGUUGACCGUGACAAUUCAGUAGCAGCUUCCACUUCUAAUGAAUUGUCGGAAGCGGAAGAACAGAUUCAUGAUGAUAGUGCCAUGGGAGAAACCUUUACAGUGCCAGUGUUGGCUCGAGAUGAAUUUGUUUUACUGGUUCGAGGGCUUGAUCUCAUAAUGUCAAACACAAAGUAUAUGAACUUCACGUACGGUGAACUGGCGGCCGCAGUUAUUCUACAUUCGUACGAACCGACCGAGAAUGUGGAGGAGAUUAUUGGUAGGAUUUAUUACAGUGGGGGGGUGAUAACUUUGUGAUCUAUUCGGUUUUUUUUAUUUUUCUUCUAUUAUAAUGUACGAACUUUUACAACGGGUUAUUGCCAUAUUUUUAGGAUAUACCCGCUCCCAACUGUCAAGAGUACUUCGCUUCAUCGAACCCUAUAUGGAGUUGAACAAGAGUUACGAAUCCAACGCCGCCACUCUCCCUCCUCGACGUGGCGACGUGAAACGGCACGAUCUACACAACAUUCAGACGCCCAUCCCUCACCUAGAAGAGCUGGUAAGCGACCUCCUGGAUGGCAACACGAUCCUAACCGAGUCUACGCGACACUGA